AUGGUGUCUUCGCGCAGUAUCGAUGAUACAGAAGCAUGGAGACAAUCAAUUGUUCGCGCCAAAUUAUAUUGUCCGGAAAAGGCAAUGGCAUUAGAUUCUAUGCUGGAAGGGACAUCAGGAAAUCAUCAAUGGACUCAAACAAAUCAUCCGAGACCUACAUUUUGUAAUUAUUGCCGAGAAAAAUUAUCUGGCGUACCGUGGCAUGGUUAUACUUGUGACAUCUGCAAGAUUAAAGCACAUCGAAAGUGUACGGAAAAAAUACUAGAUAGGUGUAAAUGGACUGUCGAAGCAAGCAUUCCGCAGCAUUUGCAAUAUAUUAGUCCAGAGAACUCGAUAGUUCCUCAUCAAUGGGUUGAGGGAAAUUUGCCGAUGCCUGCAAAAUGUGUUGUAUGUGAAAAACCAUGUGGUUCAGUACGGAAAUUGCAGGAUUGGAGGUGCUUAUGGUGCGCGUGUUGUGUUCAUUCAGCAUGUCUUUCGCAACUUGGUCGUGGUUGCUCCUUGGGACCUGCGUCUCUGUCAGUGAUUCCGCCACUGGCUAUGAAGGAAGUAUCACAGGAAGGAACUGCCGUUCUUAGAGAUGAUGCUUAUGGAGGCGAGUGUGGAGGUGGAUCGCCAUUAAUAGUGCUUAUUAAUUCGAAAUCGGGUGAUAGUCAAGGUCAAAGAAUUAUUAAAAAAUUUCGAAGAUUGCUCAAUCCAUGUCAAGUUUUUGAUCUCAUCACGUCCGCACCUGAAUUUGCGCUUACGUUUUUCUCUCAGUUUGAAUCAUUUCGUGUAUUAGUUUGCGGUGGAGAUGGAACAGUUGGAUGGGUACUCAGCGCUUUUGAUAGACUCAAUUUACAUUCAAAAUGCCAACUAGCCAUACUCCCGCUUGGCACAGGAAACGAUUUAGCUCGUGUUCUUGGAUGGGGGCAUGCUUUUUAUGAUGACACACAAUUGCCGCAACUUGUUCGCACGUUGGAACGAGCACAUACAAAAAUGCUGGAUAGAUGGAGUGUUCUAUCGAUAGAAGGACCGCAAGCGGACGCUGUUAGACGGUACGAGGAUGUUGUUAUCGAAAAAGUUCGUGCAGUGCUGGAAGCUGAACAGCCACAUGAUGUAAUUGUUGCUGUAACCUCUCUGUGCGAGUUGAUCCGCGAGCUGAUGAGUAGCAUGGCUUUGACAUACUCAAAGGUUGAACAGUGGGAACGUGAAGAUGGAAGAGAUACCUUUGAUCCUAUGUCUGAGCAGUGCACCGUUCUUCUGGAAAAAUUGGAUAAACUCAUGAGAUCGUUGGAAAAUGAAGUUAAUAAAUGUGGCGAAAGUGGUUUUGAGCCUGACGAUGAGGAUGAAUGUUUUGUCGUCGAUGAACUUAAACGUCGAGAAUCGCUUGUUAAUCGUGCUAACAGUUUAAAAAAAGCUUUGCGGGACGUAAUCGCAAUAGCUGAACAGCUUUCGCAGUUCGAAUCUUCUUCAACAACCGCAUUAUCUAUUGUAGAUAAGCUUCCAAAUCCUAGCAUUGGAACCGUUCAACCUCCUACACCAGGAGGAACCCGCGAACCAUCCACUGCUAACGAUGAUGAAGGGUUUGAAUGUUUAAUGGAAAAAAGCACAGUAUAUCACCCAGAUGUUUCGUCGUCGGGAACUGGAGUUGCAUCUAGGAGUACCUUAUCUCCAGCAAAAGCUUGCGGCGAUGGAUCUUGGAGUAGGAGUAAAGAUCGAAAACAAAAUGAAAUUGGAUCGUUUAGUUCGUCAAAUAUGAAGAGUUGCCGUAACAUACUGUCCGGUUUUACCGGAGGAUCGCUUAUUGCUGAGGUUUUACUAUUAAAUGCUCGAGUUUUAAGUACAGUGAAACCAAACAGACCACCAAUUUCGGGUGUUGUAUGCCAUACUCUGUUCGAUCAGUACAAAGAAACUUGUGUAAUGAACAACUACUUCGGAAUUGGUCUCGAUGCAAAAAUUGCAUUAGAAUUUCACAAUAAAAGAGAAGAAUCGGAAAAAACCCGCAGUAGAUCAAAACUAUUCCUUUGGUAUGGAAUGCUUGGCGGGAAAGAACUUAUGCAUCGCACAUAUCGCAACUUGGACCAAAGAAUUCGAUUGGAGUGCGAUGGAGUACCAAUCGAUUUACCAUCACUUCAAGGAAUUGUUAUUCUUAAUAUUCCGUCGUAUUCUGGCGGUGCAAAUUUCUGGGGACGCGGAAAAGAUGAUUCUUUUACUGCGCAAAGUUUCGAUGAUAGGAUUUUAGAGGUCGUUGCUUUGUUUGGGGUAAUUCAUGUAGCUACUAGUCGUGUACCGAAUGUCGUACGACUUCAAAAUCAUCGUAUUGCUCAAUGCAGGCAUGUUCGCAUUGUGAUCUUGGGAGAUGAGCCGAUUCCCGUACAAGUCGACGGCGAGCCUUGGCUUCAACCACCCGGAAUAAUGCAAAUCGUUCAUAAAAAUAGAGCCCAAAUGCUUGCUAAGAAUCCAGUUUUUGAUGCUACUUUGAAAAAAUGGGAAGAGCAAAAAGAACGAUCGAACACAGCGCCAUCAACACCGACGGCACUUUCUUCGCAAUCGGAAACUAUAAUUUUCUCUCGAAGAGCGGCUGAGUUUUUAAGACUAGUUGAAUCGGAAAUUGCUCAGCUUGGGGUCUCAUCUGCAUUCCUUGAAGCGCUUGACAAAGCGGCACUUCUAGUGCGUGCUGGCCGGACUGAUGACGAAGAACAGGUUGGUUUUAUUGUUCUUGGAGACCUAGCGGAUCGGGAAGAGAUCCUCGCAUCAGUUGAGAGAGUUGUCGAAUUACUUGAAGAUCAUUUUGGAUGGCCGGAAAGAACAAAAGCUCCCUUUGGGCAGCCUCGACUUGGUCCUGCACCUCAUUUCAACUUUGAAAUUCAUGGAGACGAUCCAGAUAAUUGGAAGUAUGUGAUCAACAGCAUCAGACAAGAAAUGGAUCGUGAGGAAGCGGCUUUGCGAGAGAUUCGUCAACAAAAUUUAACGGGAACGAAAACAAAACGAAGCCGUCUUACUGAAUGGCUUAGCAAAAAAUUUGGGUCUAGUUCUAACAAACUCUCUUAUGAUCAAGUGAUGAACUGGAACGUGGAUCUUGUGUGUACGUGGCUAAACACCAUUGGACUUUCAGAAUAUUCCCAACAAUUUAAGAUGAACGAUAUACAAGGAAAUGAGCUAAUCCAUUUGGAACGAAGUGAUAUUCAUGAGCUCGGAAUAAAGAAAAUUGGACAUGUGAAGCGUCUUCAGGUUUGUGCAAUCGAUGAGUUACGCGAACGCGAAGCUGAAAAACGACGAGCGCAAGCUCGUCGCAACUCCAAACGAGCACAAGCUGGAAGAGAAGAAUCACCUAUGAGCACACGAAUGACGAAAGCUACAAGUUUAUCUGCAGAACGCUGGACUUCUAAUUCUGCCUCGGCAACGCCUGCUACGGAAGCUGUUUCAAGCUGUUCGACUAAUGAAAAUGAAAAACCAAGCUUAAACAGCUUAUAG